CGCGCACUAGCCUCCAGCCCGCCGGCAGCGGCCCGCGCCGUCCGCACAUGCUCAGUAGCGGAUACCCCCCCUUCCCCCCUCCUUGGAGGAAGGGCACCGUUGUGGCAUGACAAGGGAGAGGGCGGGGAGGCCGCCGCGUAGCGCCCGUCCCCCCACGUCGCCAUGCCGCUGGAAAGCUUGGCUCGCAUCAUCAAAGUGCAGCUGCCUGCCUACCUCAAGCGCCUGCCCUUGCCCGAGAGCAUCAGCGGCUUCGUCAGGCUGACAGUUUCAGAAUGGCUGCGGUUAUUGCCGUUCCUGGGUGUCCUGGCACUACUUGGAUAUCUGGCUCUUCGUCCAUUCUUCUUGCGAAGGAAACAGCAGAAGGAUAGCUUGAUUAACCUCAAGAUCCAGAAGGAAAAUCCCAAAGUAGUAAAUGAAAUAAACAUCGAAGAUCUGUGCCUCACUAAAGCAGCUUACUGCAGGUGUUGGCGUUCUAAGACGUUCCCUGUCUGUGAUGGCUCUCACAACAAACACAAUGAAUUGACAGGCGAUAAUGUGGGUCCACUAAUACUCAAGAAGAAAGAAGUAUAGAGAAUCUCUAAUGCAUUAAAUCAUGACUGAUGUGAAGUCAUUUAUACACUUGUAGUUGCAGGACACAAUGUAUUAUGUACGUCUAAUGGUUGCUGUAGAUUUCCUUUUGGUUUAACCUAUAGUUACAGUCAAGUGCUAGACCUAGGUCUGUGAUUCGAUACUUUGUAUGUUCUGAAGAAUCAUGUCUUAUGUAAAACUGUAAAGUAAACAUCUUUGUAAAUAAGCCUUUUUAUCUGAACAGUGACCACUCCCAAUGUUACAACUUAAUCUUUUUAGGAUGAACGUGAUGUAAUAAAAGCCAUACUACUCUUAAA